AUGUAUGAGAAUAACGAACCAAAGUACACGACUUUGAUGGUAAUUGUUGAGGCUCAAAGUCAACAUAUCAGUUUUGUAAAUUUUAAUUACAUCACGCAAAACAUGAAAGAAAUUUAUCAAAUCUUUCCAUCCUACAUGACUGACACCGAAAAAGCUAAUCUAAAAUGUUUCUCAUGGCAGUUGUGGGGAGUUGAAAUGUAA